UGUUCCUGAGACAGAUUAGACAACUCCACCCCGUGGGCGGGCCCCCAUCGUCGGGACCAAUGGGAGAAUGCAAAAGCCUGGACCCUCUCUCCCUCGACCCCUUUAUUAAGGGGGUCCCCGGGGCAAGCAGGCACCAGUCGCUCAUCUUAAGUUUCCCAGUGAGGAGAACCUGAGCCCCCAGAGUCCAGACACCAUGUCUCUGACCAAGGCCGACAAGACCGCAGUCAUCUCCCUCUGGGGAAAGGCGGCCACCCAGGCUGACGCCAUCGGGGCCGAGUCUCUGGAGAGGCUGUUCGCCAGUUACCCCCAGACCAAGACCUACUUCCCCCACUUCGACCUGAGCCAGAGCUCGGCCCAGCUGCGCACCCACGGGUCCAAAGUCAUCAGCGCCAUCGGGGAGGCCGUGAAGAACAUCGACAACAUGGGGGGCGCCCUGUCCAAGCUGAGCGAGCUGCACGCCUACAUCCUCCGCGUCGACCCCGUCAACUUCAAGCUCCUCUCCCACUGCAUCCUGGUGUCCUUGGCCUCUCGCUUCCCGGCCGACUUCACGGCCGAGGCCCACGCCGCCUGGGACAAGUUCCUGUCCAUUGUGUCCUCCAUCCUGACUGAGAAAUACAGAUGAGCGCCCUGCCGCCACGAGGAGGAGAGAGGGGCCAAUUCACCAACAGCUUUUGGACCACA